AUGCCAACAAGUUGUUGGUCACGCGGCCUGAUGAAGUCCCUUCUAACGUCACCCUCGAUGACGUCAUCGGCGUGCAGAUUCAUCAGAAGACGUGCGCCGUCUCCUCCGGUGGAUUCUGGAGAGACUUCGACGUCACGGAUGCUCGACGAAGCCGCCACGUUCUCCGACGUCCACAACGUCAUUCUGACGCCGACCACGCAGCUUCCUUAUCCGGAGAAGGUUUGGAAACACUGAUAAGGAGGAGUCAGAGAGGUCAUUUAAGGGUUCUAUAAGACCUCUGAAGUAAUGACUUAUGCUUUAGGAUUUUUACGGUUUUUCAAUUGGAGAAGUCGGAAAGGUCACUUAAGAGUUCUUUUUGGGGCUCAAUUUUUUUUUUACUUGAACCGUAACCUAAUACUGAAAAGUGUGAAUUUCUGAGGUUUGAAAAAAUUUUACGAUUUGUGAAUUAGACCAAAAAAAUUUUUUUUAUGAAUGGUUUGGAGAAAAAAAAAAUUAGUCUUACAUCGUCAGCACACUAGCUUUUCAUUUCACGGAGUGAUAAAAAGUUGAUUUUCUUUCAAAUUCCGAACUUUUUCCACCUUUUUAGUUAGUUUUUUGACUUAUUUUUCAAAGCCUUGACCUCUAAAUUUUAAACUGAGAAAUCGGAAAAUUUCCAGCAACUCCGAGAACAUUUGGACAAGACUUCACGGGAACUGUUGAAGGAGAGGAAUAAAGUUCGGUAGGUUCAUAGAUUGGCGUAAUAGAAAAGGUCUUCGCACGACUAGGAAAAUAGUGUGCAAAAUGAAGAAUUGUAUGUCCCAAACUUGCCCCAACAGGUGUAUAAAGGGUAAUUUCUAUUUGUAGUUUAAUUAUAACUGUUAGCUUGAGAGGGGGGGGCUCUGAAAAAUUUUAAUUUCUCAAAUUUCGCUAAAAAAUGGCUUCAGUGAACUUUGGAAAAUGAUGGUUUGGACCCAAAAUUAUGUUUUAUUCUUUCCCUUUUUAAGUCGAGUAUGGAGCAAAAGAACCGAAAAAUCCCAAGAAAGUAUUAACUUUCGAACACUAAAACGAAAAGACGUUAAAUCUUUUAAGAUGAAGUUUCAGCAAAUAAUAAAAUUAUUUUUUCGAAUUUCCUGAUUUAUUCAUCCGAUCAGAUACGGUAACAAGCGAAAAGCGACUAGCGGCAUCGCUUUCACGCAUAUUCCCAUCGAGAAACACGUCGUCUUACUUUUCCCUGGCCAAGGGGCUCAGUUCGUCGGAAUGGGUGAAAAAGUCGUCUUUUCUCAAUUGUAUUCGAGAAAGUUCGAAGUUUUGUAGCUGGAAUCAAUUCCUGAAGCGAAGAAAGUCUUCGACACGGCCUCCGAAGUUCUUGGCUACGACAUGUUGGAGCUGUGCAAGAAGGGACCCAAAACGAAGUGAAAAAUUAUCAGUAAUGUCAUUUUUUGCCGAUUUGAAAGGCAGGGUGACCUUUUUGCGUACUUAUUUCAAUUAUAACUGUUGAAAACGCCUUUCAAGUCGGUGAGAAUGUUUCUCUGCGCUCUCUUCCUCCCUCGGCGGCGCUCUCAUAUUGCCGCUCUAUUUGCAUGUUUCUCUGACCUCGCCGCUGAGAGAACAGAGAGACGCAGACACUCGAAAAAUAACGGCGAAAAGACUAUAUUUUUUUAGACUCGACCAGACACUGUACUGCCAGCCGUCGGUGGUCACCUGCGGCGUAGCGGCUUUCGAAGCCUUCAAGGCACAGGAACCCGGCGUCGCCGAGUUCAUCACCGACGUCGCCGGUUUCUCCGUCGGCGAGUACGCGGCCCUAGUCGCCGGCGACAUGAUGAGCUUCGAAGAUGGUCCGUUCAAAGAACGUACUAAUUCGUUAAAAAAAAUAGACGUAACUAUACUCUUUUGAAACGAGCUUUUUCGUAAACAUGGAUGUUUUCUUGUGUUGAUGACUGAUCAAUCAAUCAAUCAAAUAAUUUAUUUUGUUUUUUUAGUCUGAUGUAAUCGACUAGGCGGUGAACAAGAACUAUUAAAACUAUCACGAACAACCGCCUUUGGCGAAAUAGAAGUCCAAACGUGUAGUCGAAAGAGUUGAAAGCAUGGUCCUACGGCCCUUCGCACCGUUCUUCCGCACGUAGUCCAUCCAGUUGCGCCUUGGCCAGCUCAGAAUGUAGCGGAUCUUGUGCUGGAGCCCGGAGUCCGUGCUCUAGGUGGGUGCCUCGAAAUGAGAGCGACCACUUCGAGUGAAGAUUUUACACGCAAUCCUUACACGGAAUUUAUAAUACCUCUCAAGAAAAAAUAGUUUCCGAAAAAAUAAUCCUUUUGAGUUCUUUUUCAGUGAUAAAGAUUGUGAAAGUUCGCGCCGAGGCGAUGCACGAAUGCGGGCAGCUGAUCCGAAGCGGAAUGGCGACAGUGCGAGUGAAAGCGGCAUCGCGACUCGAGGAAGCCAUGCAGGACGCUCGCGAUGUCGCAAAGUUUGAAUAUUGUCUUCUCGAAAAUCUAUUCAUCUUUACAAAGUCACAAGAGUCGUUUAUCACCAAAAAUACUACUAAAAAGACUUGCCAAGGGUUUUUGAACAGGCUGUAGAUAUCAAGAGCUUGGGCAUUAAUGAAUAAAUAAAUUUUUCCUCAGAGAAAAAGGCGAACUGGACGUUUGUGAGAUCGCCAACUUUUUAUUUUGCGGCGUCCGUGUGAUCGGCGGCUCGGAGACUUGCCUGAAGUUCCUGGAGGAGCAUCAAAAUGAGUACCAGUUCCAGGUUGGAACUUAAAUAAUUCUAUAAAAAAAUAGUACGGCUUUGAAAGAAAGCUUCAAAUAGAGAUAUAAAUUGAAUAUUUGAUUUUUUUAGGUCGUCAAACGGUUAGCCGUUUCAGCCGCUUUCCACACGCGACAAAUGGAUGACGCCGUUGUCAAGGUUCUUUUUUUGAAUCGAUUUUUUGAAGAGAAAUUUAAAAAAAAGAAAAGUUAAAGUCUAAAACUGUCUUUAUUCUUUCUUAAGAAGUUUAUGUGAUUCAAAAUGAGUUUUACGUACUUUUUUUUGAAAGUGAGGGCUGAAAUAUGUCUUCUGUACCUUUUUAAAGAUCUUUUUUCAAGGGUCUUGAGACCACAAAAACCAGCUUUUUUGUACUUAUAUUCGAAAUUUAUGAAUAAAAUCUAUACUACGUACCUUUUUAAGAAAAUUGCGUGAGUCAAAACAUGCUUUUCGUGCUUAUUUUAAAUGAAAAUAAAAACAAAAUCCGUUUUAUUUACCCUUAUCAAAGAUUUUGUGAUGUCAAAACAAGUUUUUCAAACCUUUUUUCGAAAAUUGAGAUGGAAAUUAUUCUUGCUUGUUACUUUUGACACGCCUUUAAACAGUCUGAUUUGUCUGUGUCUCUUUUCUCUGAGCGACUAAGAUGAAAAUAGGGACAGUACGUAAACAAGAGAGCGCAGAGAAACCAGGAUCCUUCAAGUUUUAACGGAAGCACUUCAGUUUUCUAGAAAAAUAAGAAGAAAAUCGGAGUGUUUUCAUGAAAAAUUCGAUUUCUUGAGGUCCGAACAGCCGUCGCCCGAGCUGAGCUCAAAUAUCCGGCUUGCAACGUUUAUUCCAACUACACCGGCCACAUUUUCCCUGCCAAGAAAGUAAUUUUUCCAUUUUAUUGAUUGAAGGUAACCCGAAUACUUUUCAGGGAGAAAUCCGCGCGGCGCUUGCAAAACAGGUCAACAACCCUGUGAAAUGGGAGCAAAUCCAGCAGUUGCUCUACAGAAAGAAGCAGGUUCGUGUUUUACUAUGGCCUGUCUGCUCCCUCUCGUUCUCUCGCUUUUUCGAAAUCUUUCACUGAUCGUAAUAGCGAGAGAAAAUAGGGAGCAGACAGGUCAGAAUUUAUCAAGUUUGGGUAAUGAAUAAUGCAUUUAUUUUGAGGAGUGGAAAAAAGAAAAUAAAAUUUUGAAAAAAGACUGAAAAAAGGACCUUGCUUGCUUUGAAUGCGCUCUAUGGCUAAAUUUAUGCUUGAAAAGGAAGUUUUCAUUCUUUUCGGAACCAUAAAAAAGAUGAAAGUAAAAAAAAACGGAUUCAAUUUUCCGCAUCUUUGGUCUUCGUAGAAGCAUAUUCAAAAAUUCAUUUUUAUUUUUUCAUGAUGGCAAUUCUUCUCUUUUUUUAGCGCCGUUUUGGCUGUUUUUUCAAAACUUGUAGGCUUGAUGUUUCUAUUUUUUUUAUUUUAUGCAAAAAUAACCCUUUUUAAAACUUUCAUAAUUUUUAUUUGCCACCUCAAAUAUCCAAGUGGGUUUCAUGGCUUAUUAUUGUCCUACUAAAAGUAGCUUCAAAGCUUUCAUAACUUUUUUUGUUUCUAAAAGUACCCUCACGAUUUUUUUCUAAUUUUCAAGGAAGACCUCUUCCCUCGAUUCGUCGAAGUUGGGCCAGGUCGGCAGUUGGGCGCCAUGUUGCUCCAAACGAGCAAAAAGGCGUACGCUCGAUACGAACACUUUUCUUGUUGAUUUACGUUUGUCACAGUUUUUCAGUUUAUUGAAAAAAGAACAUUCAUUAGGUACAUCAAUAAAUUAUAACGUGUCUAUUCGAAGUUUUGAGCUUUUUGGAAAAAUGAAAUGAACAGAAAAAAAUUUCUUGAAAUGCUUGACUGCUCGUGACGAUUUAGGUCUUAAAAGUGACCACUAAAGAGGCUUUGAUACCACUUAAGGGAUCACUGACUGGCUCAAUAUUGCCCCGAAAAGCGUCGAGGAUCCUUUUUCAAUCGUAAUUGAUAAUAAAGCAAAAAAAAAUUCCCGCUCAUUUCAUUUAACUCUGGAAUGGAAUAAGGAAGGACAUUUUGGGGGUUUUUUGUUUUGGUUGUUUUGAAAGACCCGAAAAACAUGAAAUGAUGUGAAAAUAAAAGUCUGAAUGGGCUUGAGCUACGGUGUGAGCCUGAAAUGGAUAAAUGGACAAAAAUCUUCAACUUAAUAAAAAUGAUAAUCUUUACAGCUUCAAUAAAAUACGUAUGUGAAUUUGAGAAAUAGGGAGUUGCUUAAAUUAUUAAAUCAAGAAUAACUGACGGGAGAAGCGCGAUGUCGCUGUCGGUACAUGGACGACAUCGCAGAAGUGCUUCUUUUCAGCCGCACCGGCCUUGCACUGUGCGGGACAAGUGCAAUGUCGCGCCCAGCGAGUCCGGCGCGGCAUAA